CAAGAGCGUGUUCCAGCCUGUCGCCCACCUCACUGCGCACCCACCUGACCGACCCGCAUCACCCGCAUCACAAUGGCACCCCGGGUUUUCAAAGGUCCCUCUGUGCCCUCCCCGGGCGCUGCAGAUGCCCCUGGGGCGCUGAGAUGUGGUUGCAGAGUCGCUGUGGGAUGAACUGAGGGAGCGGAGGGUCCCAGCCCACAUGAGGACAUGGAGGGGUUUUUGCUGGCCAAAGGCUACAAGCUCGGCAGGACCAUCGGCGAGGGGACGUACUCCAAAGUGAAGGAGGCUUUUUCCCAGAAGCACCAGAAGAAAGUGGCGAUUAAAAUAAUCAACAAGAAGGAAGGCCCAGAAGAAUUUAUUCACAGGUUCCUGCCCCGGGAGCUCCAGAUCAUCACACGCUUGGACCACAGGAACAUCAUCCAUGUGCAGGAGAUGCUGGAAUCCCCAGAGGGGAAGAUGUACCUCGUGAUGGAGCUGGCGGAGGACGGGGACAUCUUUGACUAUGUCCUCCGCCACGGUCCCCUGCCCGAGCCCCGUGCCAGGGAGCUCUUCCAGCAGCUGGUGGAGGCCAUCCAGUACUGCCACGGCUGCGGGGUGGCCCACCGCGACCUCAAGUGCGAGAACGCUCUGCUGCAGGGCAGCACCUUGAAGCUGACGGAUUUUGGCUUCGCCAAGCUGCUCCCCAGGGACCGCAGGGAGCUGAGCUGGACCUUCUGCGGCAGCACGGCCUACGCGGCACCCGAACUGCUGCAGGGCCUCCCCCACGACAGCCGCAAGGGCGACGUCUGGAGCAUGGGCGUCAUCCUCUACGUCCUGCUCUGCGCCCGCCUGCCCUUCGACGACACCGACAUCCCCAAGAUGCUGCACCAGCAGCAGAAAGGCAUCCCCGUCCCCAUGCAGCUGGGGAUCUCCAAGGAGUGCCAGAACCUCCUGAAAAUGCUCUUGGAACCAGACAUGAACCUGAGACCCUCCAUCGAGGCGGUCGGCCGGCACCCGUGGCUGACGAACCCCUGAGGACUCGCCCUGCUCUCCCCAAACGGGACAGAAUGUUUCUAAAAUGACGAUAAAUUUGGAGGUCUGUU